AUGACUACUGCUUCUUGUGUUUUCGAGGACCGUUUCCUCGUAAGGUCCAUUGACAAUUCUAAAUUUGAACGUGUUUCAAGACUAAGUGCUAAAAGUACCGGUUUCGAUGCCGAAUUACUUCUCGAUUUCAAUUCCGACCUUCUUCAAGUUUAUAAUAAACAAGUAUUGCAUAUUUUAAUUACGAAUUCGCUUCUGCCUAGUGGUUCUGAUGUGAAUUUAAGCGAGUCAGUUGACAUUCCCAGUCUUUUGGGCGACUAUGAGUACGCAAUGUACGGUAAAAUCUUCAAAUUUGAAGAAGUUUCUUCAGAAACCAGAACUAUAUAUGCAUCAUUUGGCGGUUUACUGAUGUCGUUAACAGCUGAUAAACAGGUUGUGGCGGACCUUGAUUUGGAUAUGAAAAUAUACCUGUUAGUCCGAAGAAUCUCAUCUAAUCGCUAA